AUGGCGUGGUCAAGCCAAGCACUGGAAGAGAAGAGCGAGUUGAACUGUGUGGAGGCAGACCAGGAUGACAGCCUGGUAGACCUCACGUGGCUGAGUGACUUCAAAGUGGCCCAAACUGGCCUGCCCCAGUUAUACUCUGGCUCAGACCCCCAGGACUGUUGCACAGUGAGUGAGAGUCUGUUCAGUCUGAUUGAUGUCGAGUCGCCAUGCUCACCCCUGGCAGCUGACCCAGCGUGCAAGGGCACACGCCACACUCCUUGCACACCUGUCUCCUCCUCCACCUCAUCGACCACACACCAUGAUGUGGCUGUGUCCCCUCAUCUUGCAGGGGACAUCGACUAUAAGACCAACCCACAUGUCAAGCCACCCUACUCCUAUGCCACCCUCAUCUGCAUGGCAAUGGAAGCCAGCAAUGAGCCCAAAAUGACACUCUCUGCCAUCUACAAGUGGAUUACUGACAACUUCUGCUACUUCCGACAUGCUGAUCCCACCUGGCAGAACUCCAUCCGGCAUAACCUCUCCUUGAACAAGUCCUUCAUCAAGGUGCCCCGGGAGAAAGACGAGCCAGGGAAAGGUGGAUUUUGGAAGCUUGACCCCUGCUAUGCCAACAAGCUUAAGUAUGGGGCUUACAAAAAGAGAAAGAUGCCUCCAGUGCAGAUCCACGUAGCCUUGAACGGGAGAGUCCAGAAGAAGUCACGGCAUGUCAGCCCAGCCAUGUCGGCCUGCAGCUCUCAGUACAGCCUUGAGGCCAACAUGGCAUCACAGCAGCUGCUGAAAGAGUUUGAAGAAACCACCAGCAGCCAGAAUUGGAAUCCAGUGGGUAAAAAAGCAGGGCAGAAGCACAAGCAGCCCUCGCCCAUGCCAAUGGCCAAGGCGUCUCGGCUUUCCAGCUCCGCGUUGAUGACCCAGGAAGAACAGACGGAGCUGGGAUCACUGAAAGGUGUCUUUGACUGGGAAGCUAUCUUUAAUACCAAUCUUAACGGAGACUUCACCCUUGGGGGUAUGGAACUCCCACCUUCCAUCAACCCUGUAACAAGCGACCUUGACCUGACAGGACAAGGACAGCACAUCGACUGUCCCCAGGGGCAGGAACAAGUCCUCACUGAAUCCAGUCAGUACAGCCUGGACUUCAAUGAAACCCUCAUGGCUACUACUUUCCUGGAGCAUCCCUGGGUUGAAGGGCCAAGUGAUUACCUCUCCAACUGUGUGAAUAUUGACCAGAUGUUUGAAGACAUCGAUGCCUCUUUGCUGGCAGAUGUGGGCCCUGUGGCACACCUCUUGUAA